AUGAUCUGUAAAAGAAGGAAAUGUCUUUUUGAUUAGCAUUAUUUUCUUUACUUAACUGAAUCUUCAAUCCAAAUAGGCAAAGUAUGGGAUAUGAAUCUAAUCUUUAGGAUUAGAGCAACAUAAAAUAUGACAUUACAAUAGGACUAUCCACAAUUUUAGAAUGGAAAUUGGAUUAGCAUAAACAAUUCAAAGGAUUCACCAUUGAUAUUGCCAAGAAAGAGAAAUAUUUUCUUGUUUCUCACUUAGAUUGUCUGUUUCUGAAAGAAAAGCUAGAUGGCAAAGUAGUUUAUAAGAAUAUCAAUACCUUUUACAAACCAUAAACAAUUAUUGGAGAAGGUAACUUUGGAAAGGUAAGGCUGUAAUGAUUUAUUAUAGGUCCUGCUCAUUAAAAAUAUACAAGAUGGAAAAAUGUAUGCAACAAAGACCUUAAGAAACGAUUUGAUGACUUCUUUGGAUGUAUUGAAUUUUAUAUUUACAACUAGGACAUUCAAGACGAAAUCGUGGCAUUGUAAUCCUUAAAACAUAGAAAUGUUGUUUAGUUAAAGAGUAUUUUCUAACACAAGAAGUAUUGGCUAUUGAUAAUGGAGUAUUGUGAAGGAGGUUAAUUAAAAGAAUAUUUGGAAAAUAACUCUUUGGAUAGCUCUGAAAUUAUUGCAGUAAUGUGUGUAAUAUUAUUUCUUUAUCUUAGUAACUGCUCUCAGGUUUAGCCUAUAUACAUAGUUAAGGAUUUGUUCAUAGAGACAUUAAACCUGAGAAUAUUUUGUUAAGAAAGAAGGAUUCUUUACUUGAUAUUGUGAUUUCUGAUUUUGGAUUUGCAGUUAAAAUAGAUGAUGUAUCUACAAACAGACCAAGAUGUGGUACACCAGGAUACAUUGCUCCAGAAAUAAUUACAUUUGAUCAAAAAAAUAAUUACAAUGAAUUAUGUGAUAUGUUCAGUUGUGGCGUUGUACUAUUUAAAUUGUAAGAUCUCAUUAUAUAAUUUAUAGAAUAACAGGAAAGAAUUUGUUAUAGGAAAAUAGCAAUUAAAUAAUUGACUAACAACUAAUAGGAGAUCUAAGUGAAGUAAUAAAGUAAGAGAUACAAGGAGAGUUUGCAAGAAUCUUACUUUAAAUGUUGGAAUAGGAUCCAAGUAAAAGAAUCACAGCAGAAUAGGCCUUGAAACAUUUUGAAGAUUUCGACGAUAUGAAAUUAUAUCAAGAGACUCCAAUAUAAUAGUUAAAACAUUUAGCAGUCCAUUUUCUAUUUGUUAAUUGA